UUGGCCAACAUAGGCAGGCGUCGUGGAACAACGUCACCAAGCAUUGGCCGCUCGUCUGGAACGAAGUCGUGUUUUUUUUCCGAUAUGCGUCUCGUUUUUCAUCUCAUUUCGUCUUUAGCCUGACUAUUGAGCAGUACGUCCCACGUCAUACACGUUAAUUCAAUCGGUUCAAGACAGUGUGCCAAAACACUGAAGUUCCAGAGUAACUCGUCAAGAAAAAGUGCUGCCGAAGUACAAUUAUCGAUAAUUUACUAUUUGCAGUAGAAGAAGACACAGCCCGUAACAGUGAAACUCGUGACCGAGUGCGUAAAGUUCGUAAUUAAAGACAGAACCCUAAAACAUAGCUGGUCGACGGAACUGAAAAAAACGGCGGCGGCGACGAUAAACGAAAGUAUUAAGGAUGCGAUACUGGGCAGCAGCCUUGUUUGUGUUUUCUACCCUCUCAGUCUAUCCGGGCGCGGCAAUAACCUAUCAGUAUGCGUCGGAGGAUACGGGUCAGCCAUCGACAGGCUGGGAGAAAAAUCGAAGAUUGCCGGAUAAAUAUCGGGAGCCGAUUGAUUUAACUGCAUUCCAAAAAGUGUGUGGCAUUAGAGAGUUAGCCAUAACGAAUCUUGCAAGACGCAGAACGGCUGUCCUUCCUCAAAAAUACUCAACGAAAGACACUCUGCUGGAAAACUGGCCAUGGAUGGUCAAAAUUCUCCAACAAAAUGAAGAAACGGGAGACUGGGAGCUUCUCUGUGGGGGCGUCAUUAUUACACGAAAAUUUAUUCUGACCGCUGCCUAUUGCUUCAGCCCUGUACCAAGGGCUGUCGAUGAUUACGCUGUUCAGGUGUUUUCCUACGAAGCAAAGAUUAACUCAAACAAAGAUUCGGAAAUAAAGCGAAUCGACGGCGUAUCAUUACACCCAGAUUAUAAUCCAUACCUUCUCUAUAACGACAUCGCCGUUGUAAGGCUGCAAGUGGGCCUUAAACCUCCAUUUAUGCCGAUAUGCUUGCCAAAGCCGAGGUCGAUCAAUGAUGAUCUAGUCGAUAGAAUUGUCGUUGUAAUCGGUUAUGGAUCCACGUAUGACGAUAACACCGAAGCCUCUGCCAGCUUGGAAACACCGGUGCGGACAACGACAUUACGCUCCGUCUCAACUACUCGACGGCCUAUGUCAAGGGUCAAAUUCCACACUUCAACUCGAUCCCUGUACGAAAUGCCACAAGGUCAUCGAGAACCCUAUCCUGACCAGCAGGAGUCCUCUUACGAUAACAACGAGUCAUCGUAUUACUUGAAGGAGGUUUCCAAUAGCCCAAAGUCAGUGUACAGCCAAGAAACAUCCUAUAAGGAGACAGAACCAUUUAACGGUCAAAGUGAAGCGUCGCACGAUCUAAAAGAACCUUCUUACGGUCAGGGCCAGACAUUCCACCGUGAGGGGCAGACAUCCCACCGUCAAGGGCAGACAUCCUACAGUCAACGGGAAUCUAUUUGCAACAGUGCUUCCAAUAUCGUUACACAUAUUCCGCAGUAUGCAGAUGUGAGAGGGUCAACUAUUACGACCCCAACAACAACUCGCUAUAGCCAGUUAACAAUUUCUACGACGACAAGACGCCCACAGUCCGUGAACAUGGAACCUACAACGUUUCGGACCAAAAGGACCACAGCGAGGACCAGAUUAACUACGGCCCGUCCCUACUACCAUACAACGUCUACGAUCGAUUCGCUGGACGUUCAACAACAAUCGAUGUUCACACCAUUACAAUAUAACACCGCUCUAAUGCAGACAAAAUACACUCAAGCAGAGCGACGGUACGCCACUUCAGUAACGCAACCCUUGCCACAAUUUCAACAGCCUCAAAUAGCGAUUCCUGUACAGCGUGCAUACAACCAGCAGCAAGGAACUGGUCUUCGGGGUCCACAUUAUGUCGGGUUCGAGAGUCGAGUUAACGCAGAAUAUGGCAGCGUUCGCCAGUUACAACAGAGGUUCCCACGCAGCGUAAAUUACGCCGACGAACCGUCCAGGGGUGGUCCACCGAGUUUAUUUCUACGGGAAGCCUCUAUGACUGUAAUACCGUCAAGCACAUGCUCUCGCAUGUACAACGACACAGACAGGCAACACCUCAGUCAUGGAAUUGACAAGACCCAGCUUUGUGCUGGGAACCCGCAAGGCGGUAUCGAUUCCUGCCAGGGUGGUAGUGGAGGCCCCCUAAUGAUGCAGGACUCGGCAGGCCAGUGGACCGUCGUUGGUUUAGUAUCGUUUGGCAACUCAUGCGCUCGUAAAGAUUACCCCGGUGUGUACACUAGGGUAAUAGCCUUCAAUAACUUCAUUGAGGAUGCUGUAGACUUCACAGCGUGAUAAACGAUGUUGCCCAAAGGAUUCAUGUUCAAUUCUACAUAUGCAUGGAUUUACAUCCUCAGUCCUCACGCGAAACUCCAUAGUCACUUGACCCAGCGAUAUAGACCCAUAUGCCGUAAUAUGUUUUCAAGGCGAUUCAUUGCAUCGUUUGUGCAAUCGUUAAUAUAAAAUCGUAUCACGGUAUCGGUGAGAAUGGACUCGAAAAUCACAGUCAUAUUGAGCAGAUUAUAUACUUCAUGGUGCCCUAUACGACAAGGAAAAUAGAAUAUAUUAAAGCAGAUCAUGUGAAACUCGUGUAUUUAGAUACGCUUACUGAAUUUUAAGGUGUUCGUAUGCUUCUAGAGAAAGAUCGGGUUUUGGCUCCUUGAAGCAAGACCUAUUUUUCUGUACACAUUGCUACUGAUUUCUCAGUUUGUUUUUGGGGAAUAAGUCAGUUUUGCUGGUAAGGAUAAAGUUUAUAGGUCUCACAGAUCCGAAUUAAGGGGGAGACUAUAUUCGCUCUGGCUAAAAAAGCCAAGCUCAACAGAAGUUAUCACUUUAGUACUGCGUUUAUGAUAAAAUUUAUGGUUUGAGGUACCAUAUAGUAUGAAAAAAGAAAAAAGUCCUCAAGCCUUGGUGACGUCCCAGAAACGGGAUUAAUGUAUAAAUCGAAAUAUAUAUAUACACAUUUAUACUUAUUAUACAAGUUUCAAUACUAUGGUUCUGCUUAGAUUUGCAAUUUUAUCUUUCAGUUUGGUUGUAGCGUAUAUCUACGCCUAAAUUAAUUGCGUGGAAUCGAAUCGAGCGGCAGACAUUUGUUACGAACGGCGAGAAAUGUAAAACAGGCCAUCAUUUGUUUCUUUUUUAGCUUGCCGUUCACUUCGAAGGCUGACCUAUUUCGUACAGGAUAACAGGUCGAUAUUAUUCUCUACAGUACGAUGAGCUACGCCCAAUACACACAACAGCAAAACCGUGAUUUUCCGAAGUUAGCUCUGUCAGUAUAACUCGUUUGCACCCUUGAUUUUCUAGGUUACGGCUUCAAACUAUUCGAAUCGAGGCCUCGAACUGUACAUCAACUACCUCUUGCUCUUCUUUGUCGCUUUUAAAAAAAUCAACAAUCGAUUCAGAUAAAAUCCGUCGAAGACUCAGAGCGACGUGUAUGAAGUUACAUGCGUUGUUGAAUUGGUGACGAAUGAAACUAUUAUGAUAACAUAACUUACCAUACGAUUAGCAACAUAGGUCCGGCUGAAGAGUAGUGAUUUAUUCUUAUAGAUGCUCCGCUACCUAGUCCGCUAUAACUAUAUACCUGUUCUAUUGGGAGAUACGCUCAUUUGUCCUGUGACUUUUUGUAGUAAGGUAAAUCCUACAAUUUGCAAUUGGACUGUGGCUGUUUGAAGUUUAACUAUAGGGAUGAUUUCAUCGAAUUGUAUUACCCGUCACGUUACCUUUGUCAUCACAAUCGUCACAUCGGUAGAUAUUCUGCUCGAGUCAUAUAUUCAUUUCAGCCAUGUUUGCCGUUACUCUGCUGUUGUGCACAUUGUCUGUACAUAAUGCCUGUUUGAUUGUGUAUGACUUAGUUUCCGAGUGCAAACAGGCGGUAAAUGAACGUCGCCUUCAUUCGCAAACAUUGUCACUGUGCGACGCCAGCCGAAACCUGGUUUGUUAUUGUUACUGUUACUCGUCAAACAGUAACGUGAGCGGUGUAAGAACAAAAGCCAAUGGUACAAGAAAAGGCAGUUCUGCUGGGCCAAAGUCCACGCGAUUACGCCAUCAUUGCCCGAAAUUGCUGCACGACGACGACGACGACGACAACUUUCAGAUGAUUAAAAUAAACAAACAGUAAAAUAAUAUGAUGAAUUGGCCAACUUUUAACUAACUCUGAUUGUUUGAAUUAUGAAUUCUGGUCGUUGCUCGAGCAAGUCGUUCAAGUUAUGUCAGCCCAGUUGGGCCGAAUAACUCUUUGACAGAUUAUCGAAAAUCAACCAACGUAAUGUUCCUUCUCCGGCCAUUUUUGUUAAACAUUUGUUCGUCUGGCUGAAUUGGCUGGCUAUAAUUACUUAGAAGCUAAACGUAUUUCGUGACAUUGUAUUGGACUUUGACGCAAACACUAUAUCGUACGGCAGCACUGUAAUUCAAUAAAGGAUGUUGGAAACGAAAAGCAGGCUUUUGAGCUGGAGGAUUAUAUCAUCAGUUAGGUAGAGAUAUUGGCUACACUGCCAAGCCUUUUAAAAGUUCCCGGUUUAGCAGACAGCAGUCAGCGCGAUGUCUGUACCAUUUUAACAUUCCAUUUGCUUAUCGUGCCCGAAUAACUAGUCUAGACUAUUAUAUUUCACAUGCUAUCAGGAGAUUUAUAUAUGGUAUGUCUUUCCUACCCGAAAAAAUUUUUCCAUACAGUAAACGGGAACUGAAUAUUUUCAUCAGUCAGAUGUAUCAAGGCGCUUGUCCUUGACCUUUCUUUACGAAGCUCCACUCGUUUCUCGGUAGGAUACAGCUGCUCAAUCGAAAGUUUCGCUUCUUCAAUGUCAAGUGGCUAGACCGUAUUACCUGGUAGCUGCUUUGACACUUUCCUGGGACAAAAUAAUACAAAGGAGUAGAAUAAAGAAACGUUGCCGUUGGUGGCAAUGUUGUUGUUGUUGUUGUUGUUGUUAUUUGGGAUAGGAACACAACGGAGUUGCUGCAAGUCAAAUACUUGGUAGCACUGGGUAGCAUUGCCGAUCUUUGCCUGCUGAUCCUGUCAACAAGUGACUCGUACGUCAGCCAUGCCCAUCGCUGGACAACAACUGAAUGUCUGCACACCUCAGUCCUUCAUCAUCUGCCCCGAUUCAUAGAACAAUAUUCUCCAUAGCAACACUAACUUCGAUUGUUACGUCUUCAAGCAACACUCGCAUAAAUGAAUCAUAAUGGCAUUAACAUACAAGCAAUUUGUACCCCCCUGAAUAAUUCGGCAUGGUAUGGUAUAUCUAUCGUAGUUUUUUUUUUUUUUUAUUGUUCAGAUUGUCUUUGAUGAUACAGCGUCAAUAAACGUGAACAUGAUCUUGAUUGAUUUGGCAGCCCUGACCAACAACGCGUUUCCAUAACAACAAUUCAGUUACUGCGAAUCUUUAACAUCUUAUUAACUCUACUUAGAAAUCUUUAAUUUAAAACAGUACUUCGAAUGUCCUUUUUGCACGUAUAGUAACGUUUGAACUUCUCGUACCCAGUUAAACUCUAUGUUUGCCUUCGUAUGUUAACGCGUUUAUACACAGAAAUUAUUGUAGACCAAAAAAAUAACCAGCAGAAAGGCGCUAUCUUGACCUGUUGGCGCAAAGAGAAAUCUAUGUCGAUUCUAUUAAGUUCUAUAAUAGAUUCUUGCGGUUCCUUUAAUGAAUCACAAGAAGUGAAACUAUUUUUUUUUUUAUUCCUACGGCGGUAAGGUAAUUAUGUUACGUAUCAUCCGUCAUUAUUUACGACUUUCGCCAGUUUUUCGAUCGGUAAUGUAUGUAGGUUCGCCAGAAUAUAGCUAGUUUCGUCUUGAAGAAGAUCUUCAACAAUGGCUUGAACUACAUACUCGUGUUGAAGAUAAGACCACGUAGUUGGUUACCCAGUGAACGGAAAAAGUGAAAGUGCAUUGGCGCAGGCCCCGGCGAGCAUAACAAGACUUCCCGCACGAAGUCCAAAAAUUUAACUCGUUUGCUGUAUAUGGCCUCGCGUCAUCCUGUAGCGGGAUGACCUGUCCUCGUUUGUCGGGUCUUUUCUCUUGAAUAGCAUGGUUGACUUGAUGCAAAUAAGCCAAAUAAAUUAACUAUUCGCUUCAUGGGAAACAAGUCCAAGUACAUCAAGCCCGUGCAGUUACGCCAAGCGUAAAGCAUACUUUUUUUGGGUAGAGAUCUGGGGUUUUAGUUUCUCUAAGGAGCCAUCUAUUCCGAUCUCUGGGUCAUGUUGAUGUACAUACAUUACUACCCGUCACCAGUGAUAAUUCUGUGCAAAAAUUAGUCGUUGUGGCCGCGUAACGCUUGAUAGAGGGCGAGAUGUUGAGAUAUAAGGUUAGGCUGUAGUUUUUAGUUUUAGGUUAGGCUGUAGGAUUUAGAGACUUCACGGGGUAGCCCAGUCCCAAGUUAUGUAAACCUAGAGAUUUGAAGCACUUAACAAUGGCCCUAUGGUUACAGUCUAUCUUUUCGGCCAAUUCGUGAGUUGUCUGCCAGCUGUCUCCUUUUAAAAGCGCUUUCAGGAGGUUGCCAGGAAGUUCAGGCGGUGGACGGAAACGGGGAAAAUCUUUCAGCAGCCAGCCGACUAUCAUUUUCAAAUCUGACAAACUACUCUUAAGCAGUCCUUUCAACAAGAGGGCCAUCAUCGUACACACGAAAAAUGUCCUGGGCGGUUUCGACCGUGUUUUGAUUUCAAUAAAAUGCUUAGUAUAGAAUGUGUUAAAAAUGCACUCUCGUUCAGCCGAAAGCUCGAUAUUUACCGAAUUGUUUCAAGCUAAACCUGCAAUCAAAAGUAACACGGUGGUAAAGGCUAAUUGAGUUGCAAAGUGAGAGAAAAAGGCUUUUACAAAAAAAAAACGCGGGAACACAUUAGCCAACAUAAUAUCUACAGACCCAAAAAUUUGAAAGGGCUUAGGUCUAGUGUAGCAAGCAUUUUAAAAUUAAGUCAGAGAUUUCUGGUCGAUUGCCGCAUCAUUUAAAUAUAUUUCAACAUUUUAUAUCCAAUCUAUUUUACAAAAAUUUGUUGGGACACACCAUGACAGACCUAGCUGGUAAUCUAAUUUAUAAUUCGAAUGUAUAAAACCGAAUAGGAACUCUCAAAACAAAGAUAAGUUAACACAAAGUCAGUAAGCGAUCUGGAUACAUAGUAGCAGCAGCAGCAGCAGCAGCAGCAGUUUUUUUCUAGACAAGACAUAAUCAUAUGUGUAAUCAAUAA